AUGGUCGAAGCCGAGACACCGCUCUUGUGGUGCGUGGACGAGCUCAACGUUGCUACUCGCCGUGGACGUGUAGUACGUAAGGUCCGAGAGCGUUAUUUACGUGACGAUCUGAGCUGUUCGCUGCCUAGUUGUUCGCUCUGUAGCACUGACAAUGACGCGUCAGCAGCCACACACGUAUUGGGCACAACCAAGACAAUGUUAGGAGAUUGUCCAAGAGACGGGGUGUAUUUAUUACCGUCUAUGAAGACCGUUUUACUACAAAUGGACGUUUUGGAGUUUUCGAUCAAGAAGAAGACAAAAGUGGACACUCUGGAGGUUUUUGCGGACGUUUUAAUCGUGGAAACUGUAUGGGAAUUUGUCAAAAGACAAGACUUGGGGGUCUACAAUCGUCUCCGGGCACUUUUGAUGAAUGCCGAUCGACGCUUUGUCGUCUUUGCCAAUGAACAUCAUAGAUCCUGCUUUGUUCAGAAGAAUCAAAUGCUGCCAAGAGGUUAUCAGACAGAUGAACAGGAAAAUACUUUGGAAACGGAAGAGGACCGCAAUAAACGUGCGGUAGCUACUGCUUGGAUGUGGUACACAUGUCAUUUAAAAGAACUUGAGAGGAGUGACAAGUUCCGUGUCCAGUUUUUGGCUAAUGAUGCAGAGGACUUGAUGCACGCUGAAGAAUUUGGAGUAAAAGGUGGAGUGACCAUCGCUGACUUCUUGAAGCCUGUAGCUAAUGAAUUUCCGGAACUGAUGGAUCUGCUGUCUGCGCCAGCAGCAGAUGAGAAGAAGCUGACAGUUGAAGGGGUGAGUACUGUUAAGGGACGUGCAGACAAGAAGAAACUGUAUCCAGAGCAUUUGCCGGCGGCGGAUUUGCUUGCUGGGAUUAAAAAUAAGAGGUUGUUUAAAGGCACGAUUCGAUGCAAUCGUGACCAUUGGCUUGAGUGUCAUGUGUUGAUUCACGGAGAGAAUGGGGUGAAAAUUCCGGUGUUGCUGCAAGGUCGAGAACAUAUUAACCGCGCGAUUGAUGGAGAUCUGGUUGUUAUUCAAUUGCUGCCGAAGGAGCAGUGGAAGAAACAAUCGGAUUCGUUUGCUGCGAAUGGCUCCGCUGCUGCACACGCGGCUGAAGAAGCUGAUGACGACCAAAAGGACGAGCAACCAGAACCUGUUGGUGUGGCUGAACCUACCGUGUCACUGGAACAAGUGGCACUUGUGCAAAGUGACGCUGCUCAGACUGUGAAGCCUGCUGGACGGGUUGUGGGUAUCAUUCAGCGGAACUGGCGAAAGUUUUGCGGAUCGCUGGAGCCCCCACGCGACGGAGUACCGUUCAAUGCGUCUGGAAGCUGCUUGGUUGUGCCCGUCGACCGAAAGGUUCCAAAGAUUAAGAUACAAACGCGGCAGCAGGAAAUUCUUAUGGAUAAAAGACUGUUGGUGGCCAUUGAUUCCUGGCCUGCGGAGAGCAAGUUUCCGCUAGGUCACUAUGUUCGCACACUUGGUGUCAUUGGUGACAAGGAGACUGAGACGAAUGUGUUGCUGAUCGAGCACAAUAUUCCGUGCGACCAGUUUAGCGACGAAGUGAUGCGUUGUCUGCCCCCAGAGGACUGGAAAAUUACCCCUGAAAAUUCCACGGGGCGUCGCGACCUGCGGGACCUGCCCGUCAUGAGUAUUGACCCGCCUAAUUGUAAGGACAUUGACGAUGCGCUGCAUGCAAAACUUUUGCCGAAUGGAAAUUUGCAAGUGGGUGUGCACAUUGCCGACGUGACGCAUUUUGUAGCACCAUCCAGUCCACUCGAUGAAGAGGCUGCCGACCGUGGAACGUCGACUUACCUUGUCGACCGCCGUCUUGAUAUGCUACCAGGCCUGCUGACGACCAAGCUCUGUUCGCUUACAUCUACGGAAGAUCACUUUGCUUUCAGUGUCUUGUGGGAGAUGAAGCUUGUUGGUGAUAAUGAAGUUCAGAUCGUCGAUGUGUCAUUCUGCAAAAGUCUUAUUCGCUCUGUGGCUUCGCUGUCUUACCAGCAGGCGCAAGAGUACUUGGACGAUCCUAGCGCGGGUGAUGUCUAUGGCCAAAACGCGAAGAAGGAGAAGAAGGUGGGUGAAAGUGUGCAGGAGUUUGAGCGGCGCCAAUUGCUGGGAAGUGGUAUCAAGACACUGAAUGUAAUCGCUAAACGCUUGCGUGCCAAGCGUAUUGAGGCAGGUGCUUUGACACUGGCUUCACCUGAGGUGCGUUUUGUGCUUGACACGGAAACACAAAAUCCGUUAGAUGUGCAAAUGUACACUCUCCGUGACACCAAUGCUCUUGUGGAAGAAUUUAUGCUUCUGGCAAACAUCACUGUCGCCAAAAAGAUUGUGCGUCACUUCCCGACCUUUUCGAUGCUCCGCCGGCAUCCAGCACCUUCCAAGCGUCAGUUUGAUCUACUUUGCAGUCAAGCCAAGGCAGUGGGUGUUGACUUGCACGUGGAUACAUCGAAGCAGUUGCAAGACUCGUUAGAUGCUGCUGACGUCUCUUCCAAGCAAUCAGGCGAGAGAAACAAGGGCAAGCGAAAACAUGGCGACAAAGCAAACCCGUACUUCAACAAGCUGCUGCGUAUCAUGACUACACGCUGUAUGAUGCCGGCUAGCUACUUCAGUUCAGGCGAGGUGGCACCCCCGGAAUUUCAUCACUACGGUCUGGCAGCUCCAAUCUACACGCACUUUACAUCACCUAUUCGACGAUAUGCUGACGUGGUUGUCCAUCGCCUGUUAGCUGCUGCCAUUGGUAUUGCACCACUACCAAGCUAUCUCGAGAACAAGUCUCAUCUACAUGAGAUCAGUGACCAACUGAACCGACGUCAUCAUGCAGCUCAACUUGCUGGUCGAGCUUCCGUGACUCUACAUACAGUGAUGUAUUUCCAGCAAUAUCCGACACGGACAGAUGCCGUGAUCACAAAGGUCAAGAAUAAUGGAGUGGGUGUGCUCUUGCCCCGUUUUGGUAUUGAAGGGAUGAUUUUUCUAUGUGAAAAGGGCGAACAAGAUGACGAACAUGUCGUGCGAUACAAUGCCAAUUGUCACUCGCUUACGCUUGUACAAAAGAAGAAUCGCACCCUCCAAGUUUUUGAUCGUGUGCUUGUCAAGGUUUACGUCGCACUUACUUUUGGCAAUCGUCAAGAACUGAAAAUGGAUUUAUUGGAUGAAGACGACAUUGUGGACAAAGAAGAACAAAAGGACGAGAAACAGAAGAAAGCAGAAAUUAAUCUUCGGGCAGCUCGUAAGAAACGCAGAGUAGCUGCAUAA